AAAGAAAUCAGUGCUAAACGGGUGUUCAACGAGACGGUUCGCUUCGAUCCUCUCUGAUCCGUUUUACCUGUUCCUACACAUGCAUACCUGAAAAAUGCUACUUCAUUCACAAAUGAACACAGGCGUCUGUAAGUGACGUUAACCCAAUUUCUUCUUUAGGGCUCCGUGAUUAUUCGUCAGUAAGGGCCUUUGCAAGGACCAGAGGAUAUCAUUCCCCACUGCUGCCAUCUGUAGUCGACCGCGGCGGCCGCCCGCCGUUGAGAAGGUGCUGUCCUCUGUGACCGCCCACCGCAGCCAUGACCUCGUUAAAGGUGGCGCUGUAUGUCGGCGUGCUGUCCGCCAUAUACGGCCUGCUGCGUCUCACGGCCCUCACCGGCUGGAUUCAGGAGGUCGCUGUCGUAGUGACGGCGCUCAUACUCACCUCCGUUGCCAUGGAUACCCUGCGGCACUUUAUGCCGCGAGAAGUGAUGUCCGAUCUACAAGGAAAAGCCGUUUUUAUAACAGGCUGUGACACGGGGUUCGGUAACUCGGUGGCCCGCCGGCUGGACGCGCUCGGUCUACGGGUGUUUGCCGGCUGCCUGUUCCCCGAGGGGGAGGGCGCGCGGACGCUGCAGCACGACUGCUCCCGGCAGCUGACUGUGGUGCCCUGUGACGUCACCAGCCAGUCGCAGGUCGACUCGGCAGUGCUGCUCGUCAGAGCGCUGCUCAAAGAGGACAAGCUGCACGCCAUUGUCAACAACGCCGGCGUGUUCACGAUGUCGGAGGUGGAGUGGUGCCCCCUGGAGAUGUACCGGCGACUGUUUGAAGUCAACUGCCUGGGCGCCAUCCGGGUGACCAAGGCGUUCCUGCCGCUGGUGCGAUCCCACGGACAGGGCGGACGGGUGGUCAUAGUCGCCAGUUUGGCAGGUCGCUACACAAUCCCUGGCCUGUCGGCGUACUCGGUCUCCAAGCACGCCACCAUUUCAUUCGCCGACGCACUUCGGCGCGAGAUGGCCAAAUUCGGCGUCACCGUGCACACUGUGGAGCCUGGAACUUAUCGCACGCCGAUUCUCUCUGAGGAGGUGCUCGAGGGCACUGUGAAGAAGGACUGGGAGGCGGCAGGGGAGGAGGUUCGAUCCACCUACGGAGAACGGUACCGGGACGAGUUCAAGGUAAAGUUCCUUUCUGAACUGAAGAACGCCCGACCGGCCAGCAAAAUUUACGAGGUGGUGGACGACAUUUUGGACGCCGUCGUCGGCACAGAGCCGCGGUGUCGCUACGUGCCCAGUGUGGCGGGGACGCUGCGCUCCACCAUCAUGCAGGCCCUGCCGACCACUGUCGUGGACUCGAUGCUGCAGAAGCGGACCUGCCCUCCCACGCCGCCGGCCGCAGUGAUCAAGCAGCGCGAGUGGCGUCUGAAGAACCCCUACACGGACCCGAAGACCAAGCAGAAGCCCUUCCUCAAGCGCUACCUCUCGGUGCCAAUGUUUGAGAAGGCUCCGCUGACGCCUACGGCAGCGCCCGGGAAGCCGUUCUUCGGGGGAGCAGGUGGCGCUAGUGGCGCCGGUAUAGAUGUCGCUGUAGUGCCGAAUGUCUCGUCCACCGCCACACAGUCGCUGAAGGAGGAAGAUGAGGGAACUUCGGCGACUGAUAAGAAAACCGAGUAGGAGAGCGAGAGGAGAUAGCUGAGGGGAAAGAGACUGGAGCGUGCAGGCAGCUGGUGGAGGGUUUAGGUGAGCACUGAGCAGUCAUAAGGAGUGACGGUUGUCAAAUGCGGAUUGAGGGUGUCGCGUUAGGUACGGGAAAUAAUAUCAGGGAAACUGAAGGCGUCGAAAUAAUAUGAAAGUUUUAGUUAAUAGUUAUAUCAUCUACUGAAAAUCGGGUAGGCACAUGACGUUCAAAUGUUAAGCUUUAUGCAAAUCUCGAAGUUAUAAAGUAAGGCAUGCGUAUAAAAGAUUUUCAUGUCCUGAAUUACCUACGAUUCAGCUCGCGAUUACCUAGAACAGCAACAUUUAUUCGGAUCACGUCACAAAGUAUUUCAAGUGUAAAUACAUUGUUAUCGCUGGUGCCAAACUUCCAUGGCUAUAUCAAUAUGAAUUGGACAGUGGCCUUAUAAAGGGGUGCUAAUCGUGUCUAUAUGAAUGUUAUGUAUUUGUAGGUACAAUAUGUAGCUGCCUAUUCAAUUGAUUCUGAGGGCACGUUCUUCAUGUGUAUAUCUAUACACACACACACACACACAAGCAUGUGUUAAUAUGUUAGAUAUGUGUUUUUGUGGAUGCAUUGCUCCUAAGGUCCUGUUGCAGCGAGCGGUACAUCCGUACUUCAGGGGUUUAGAAACGUUAGUGCCUAAUGAAACGUGACAUUUAGUCCAAACGCUGAUAGAUAUAGUUUAUGUAUGCACUAUUGCACUGUCGUGGCUUCCAUUCGGCAGUAGCCCGUCCCCAUUGUUUGUUUGGGCUCGCUGGUGUUUUGUUUGUUUGUGGGCGUAAUUGUUUGUUUGUGAGUGUUAUUGUUUGUUUGUUACGGAGAGCUGACAUCAGUCUCGGGCUCCCGAGGGGGGUCCCGUGGUGUGUGCGUGUGAGCAUUUUGUGUAUUUGUGUGUCUUUGAAAUUUGUGUCUGCAGUUGUGAGUUAAUGUGAGCGUCAUGAAUGCGUUGAUGUUCCGGUUGUAAAAUAAACAGAACAUACCCUUA